AUGGCCAAGAAUAAUUCAAAAAAGGUGUUUAAACAGAAAAUAAAUGCAAUAUCAUAUAAAAUAUAUUUUACCCUUACAAUUAUUACGAAAAACAGAAAUAAUGGUGAAGAUAUUCAAAAGAAGGAACCAUCAGUAGAAGGAAAUGAGCAGGUAGCAACUGGGGAUAAAGACGCAAUUGGAUUAAGUGAUGCUAUACAAGUUGGAAAUAUUAACAUUACCAAUGAAGGCAUACCGCCAUGCUCGGGAGAAUGUCCUAAUUCUGAAUUCCAAGAUCUGGUUAAUGAAGUUAUACCACCACCAGCCCAAGCACCACUGCCAUUACAGACAGAAACUCCUACAGGACACAAACUGACACACUGGAACCAAUGGAUGCAGCAAGCUAAGAGCGAUUUUUCAGGUUACCAAGGUAAAAUGAAUACCCACAGGCACGAAUGGACCAAGGAGAAAGAAGAUGAACUUCAGAAAUUCUGUAAAUAUUUGGAAAAGAGGUGGAUGAGUUAUACAGGAAAUAUCGAUAGAGCAUGCAAAUCCAAUUUCUUGCAGACCGCUAAACGCUGGAAUACGAAACAAUGGGAUAAAUGGAUGAAAAGUGAAGGAAAGCACCACAUGAAUAAACAGUUCCAAAAAUGGCUAGACUACAAUAAGUACAAGUUACAGGACUGGAACAAGUCUGAAUGGAGCAAAUGGAAAACACAUGUUAAGGAUAAGCUUGAUGAACACAUAUGGAAAACAAGAGAGGUCUCUGGAAGAGCUAAAGAAUGGAUUAAGUAUACCGAUAAAAUGGAAAAGAAAUUUUCAAAGGAAAAUAAAAAACACUGCAAAAACUGGGAAAAGAAAGCAAACAGCUCAUUUAAGAAAUGGGAAGGAGAUUUCACCAAAAAAUGGAUAUCCAACAAACAAUGGAAUUCAUGGUGUAAAGAAUUGGAAGAUCAAAUAUAA